AUGACUGAUCGAAGGACUGCAAACGACACAACCGAUAGACCAGCCUUGCCUUCUGCUGCUGCUGGUGGUGGUAGAGUUGCGGCCAAACAGGCCUCCUGCAUCCCACUGCCCGUGGUCGCGUACUCCUCGCGGCUUCCGAAACGCGUCGAGCUGUCCGAACUCGCCUCCCGCGAGGCACUGCUCGCACAGAAACGCUCCUCGGACGUGGCCCUGGCUGAAACCCAAAUAGCCGCCGAGAGGGACUUGAAGAGGGCGCGCCUGGAGGCGCAGGCAUUGGUGUCCGAGAAGGCAGAGCUCGCGAGUCGGAUUAAAAUCCUGGAGCGUCGUUUGGCAGAGGCAGAGUCGGAGACGGCGGCAAUUAGACGACAGCUUGAGCAAAGCAAAAUCGAAUCGCAGGCCAAAAUCGAUGCCAUCGUGGAGUCGCACAGGCAGGAGGAUAACCUGGCUGAGAAAUGUGAAACGAUCAAUGCCGAAUUGGUCGACCUCAGGACGAGGUUGGAGGCAAAGGCGGCUGAAAACAAGUCGCUUCAGACUGCGAUUGAAACCGUCGAAGCUAAAUUAGAGGCGUCUGAAAGGUAUGCGCGUCAUGUGUUGAAGAAAAUGUACACUCGGAAUGAGAAGUGCGAGGAUUUGAUGCAGCUUCGGACCGAGGACAAAGCUGCGCUGGAUGAGCUUAACUCUGCCAUCAUGCAAUUUCUUUCACGUGCCUUCCAAGUGCAGGACCUGGAGUCGGAAAACGCCUCAUUGAAGGACAACUACGAGCGGAUUUCGCGUGGUCCCGGCAACGCAUCCAGCCUCGUCUCGCGACCAGACGGCUCCGGUCUGUGUCUGCGCUCCAGCUCCAUCCUCCAAUCCACGCGUCUUGAACAGCGCGUCGCCAAACUCGAGUCGGAGAACGCGGAUCUGCGACGUUCAGCGAGCCAAUUGGCCGUCGCACACACCGAGGUGGAGGGUCUGAAGGCGCACCUCGAGCGAGCCAAUCAGUGGCGAGAACGCGCCCUAUUGGCUGAGGACAAGGUCGCUAAGCUCGCCGACGAGCGCGACUCGACUGCAGCGUCUCUCGUGGACAAACAUGUCCUGCUUCAGAGUCAGCGGGAAAAUGAAAUCUUAUUGGCGGAUCAGGGCCAACUCAGAAGCGAGUUACGGGCGACUUCGACAGAAUUGAGGACAGUAAAGGAAAGCUGUGACAAUCUCACAGAGGAGCGGAAUCGACUUAAGGCUGCUAUGGAGUGUCUGGAAGUCCGUUCUCGCCGUCUAAAUCGACGCGUUGUAAUCCUUCAGCAGGAACGCGACAUGUACAAGCGCUUUGUGGACAGUUACGAGGACGCGGAUGCAACUUUGUCUUCCCCAGCCGGUGAACUGGUACACCAAUUCAGCGACAUGGUGGGCAAGUUGGCUGAGUCACUUCAAACAUUUCACCGCCAGGCUGAAUCCGACGACUGCGAGCUCCGACGUCUGCACUCUGAUGUCGUUUCCUGUUUGUCGAAACCUUCGGUGCAUGCUGUAGGUUGUGAAAAGUUAUCAAGCGCGUACUUUGAGUGCUUCAGAAGUAAGAAGGAGUUCUUGCUUCUUUGCAGACAGACGAACGCCGAACUCCAAGAACGGAUCGAGAGCUUGGAGAACGCCAGGCUGGAAGCUGAACGAGAAAUCGAGUGUUUACGAACCAACGGCGCGUACAAUCCCGACGAGACGCAGGUUCUCCACUUCAAGGCGAACCCCGCCACAGAAGCCAAACGCAGUCGCGAGGAGGAGCUGGUCAGUUUGCGCAAGGAGAACGCCCAAUUGCAACAGCGCGUCAAUUGCAUCCAGUCGUUGACACGUCCGUGCACAUUUCAGAUUCUCCAGGAGCGCGUUUGUCGAUUGUACGAGUCGAGGUCCAAGCAGACUGCUCAAGGUGACGUCGAGACCACCGAGUCGGGAAAUAUCACGUUGGCCGUUCACGAGCGCCUCAAGGAUCAUCCAGAUCCCAUCUCUGAAAUCCAGAUGAGUGAGUCGAUUCCAUCAAAUCUCAUUGUAGAGCUCAAAUCGCAGUUGCGGACGGAGAAAUGGAGGGGCGACCGUCUGAUGGAGACUUUCGCCACGGCGAGCAGCGAGUUCCGCGAGGCCUGUUCCCUCCUCUUCGGCUACAACCUCCAGAUCCGCCAGCCUGGCAUCUACAAGAUCCAACUCUCCUCCACCGCCUGCAACAGAGGCGAAUACCUCAAGUUCAAGGUAAUUCGCGUCUUGAAUGCAAUUUGCACGACCUGCGCUUUCUACCACUUCCCCUUCGAUGCUUUAGCGUACCGGUGA